AUGGAGCCCAGCAACAGCACAGCCGUCUCUGAGUUCAUCUUGAAGGGAUUUUCUGGUUACCCGGCCCUGGAGCACCUACUCUUUCCUCUGUGUUCAUCCAUGUACCUGGUGACCCUGCUGAGGAACAGCGCCAUUGUGGCGGUGAGCACGUUGGAUGCCUGCCUACACACGCCCAUGUACUUUUUUCUGGGUAAUCUUUCCAUUUUGGACAUCUGCUACACAUCUACCUUCGUGCCCCUGAUGCUGGUCCACCUCCUGUCAUCCCGGAAGACCAUCUCCUUUACUGGCUGUGCCAUCCAGAUGUGCCUGAGCCUCUCCACAGGCUCCACGGAGUGCCUACUGCUGGCCAUCAUGGCCUAUGACCGCUACCUGGCCAUCUGCCAGCCACUCAGGUACCCUGUGCUCAUGAGCCACAGGCUCUGCCUGGUGCUGGCAGGUGCCUCCUGGGCACUCUGCCUCCUCAAGUCCGUGACAGAAACUGUCAUUGCCAUGAGGCUGCCCUUCUGCGGCCACCGCGUGAUUAGACACUUCACCUGCGAGAUCCUGGCUGUGCUGAAGCUGGCCUGCGGAGACACAUCAGUCAGCGAUGCCUUCCUGCUGGUGGGCGCCAUCCUCCUCCUGCCUGUACCCCUGACCCUCAUCUGCCUGUCCUACAUGCUGAUCCUGGCCACCAUCCUGAGGGUGCCCUCAGCCGCCGGGCGUCGCAAAGCCUUCUCCACCUGCUCAGCACACCUGGCUGUGGUCCUGCUUUUCUAUAGCACCAUUAUCUUCAUGUAUAUGAGACCCAAGAGCAAGGAGGCCCAUAUCUCUGACCAGGUCUUCACAGUCCUCUACGCUGUGGUCACCCCCAUGCUGAACCCCAUCAUCUACAGCCUGAGGAACAAGGAGGUGAAGGAGGCUGCCAGGAAAGCUUGGGACAGUCGAUGGGCCUGUAGGUGA